AUGCUUAACUGUCUGUGUGAUAUGGAUUAUGGUAACCAGACCUUGCUGAAGGAACUGAUCUUGAUUGGAUUUUCUCAAGACCCUGAGACAAAGAUAUUACUGUCCGUUCUGUUCUUAUUCAUUUAUACAGGGAUCAUCCUGGGGAACAGUUUCCUGAUCUUCACCGUCAUUCUCAGUCCCCAGUUACACACUCCUAUGUAUUAUUUCCUCUGCAACUUGUCUUUUCUUGAUCUGUCUUUCACGUCCUGCACUAUACCAAAAAUUUUGUUUGACUUAAUUUCUAAUUCGCAGAAAAUUUCUGUCUCCGAAUGCUUGGCCCAGAUGACCAUUGGUCAUUUUCUAGGAUUCGUUGAGUGCGUGUUACUGGCAGUGAUGGCCUAUGACCGGUAUAUUGCUAUAUGCUCCCCCUUAUAUUACACCACCAUUAUGAGCUGGAGGGUCUGUAGAUACAUCACAGUCAUCAUGUGGUUGGGAAGUUUAGUUGUAUCUGUAAUCCCGACCCUCAUAAAACCUCUUGUAUUUUGCAAGAAGAACAAACUGAACCAUUUUGGUUGUGAGAGUUUAGUGGUCCUUGAGGUGGCGUGUGGGGAUCUCUCCGCUACCAAACUCUUCCUGUUCAUCCAGAAUUUUUUUAUUCCGUUAUCACCUCUUGUAUUAAUUUUUGUGAGUUAUAUUUGUAUAAUUGUCGCAAUAUUACACAUCCAUUCAGCUGAGGGGAGAUCUAAAGCCUUCUCCACCUGCGCCUCCCACCUCACUGUGGUUAUUAUGUUUUAUGGGACAGCUCUGACAAUGUACAUGGGAAAAGCUAAGUUUACUUCUAACCUGAAAUACAUUUCUUUAAACUAUGCGGUUUUUACUCCUGCGCUAAAUCCUUUGAUCUACAGUUUGAGGAAUAAUGAAGUGAAAGACGCCUUUAAGAAAAUAUUGACCAAAUAUUCUGCAAAGUGA